AGAGGCGACAGACAGGCGACCCGCCGACAACAUUCGGACACACUCUAACUUUCUCGGGACCACCUCGGGACUGUUUUGGCUUUUUUUAAAUUUCCACCAUGACACCUUCAGCUGUGCGCGAGCGGUACGAUACGUGCGCUUCAACAGCGGGGGGGCGGAAGUGAGAGAAGGGGGAAGUUGAUAGGAGGAUAUAGGAAAAAAUAAACCCCUCAAAAGUGAGUCAAGUUCAAGUCGAAUUUCGCCUUUCUAGCGGAAGGGUGGCCCUGGAGUGUUUGAGGGCAUGGACACCCACGUUAAGGAGGGACAACUUUUUGUGCAGCAUCAGAAGUUUGGAAAGAAAUGGAAGAAGAACUGGUUCGUCCUCUACCCCGCCAGUCAGAACGGCAUCGCCCGCCUCGAGUUCUUCGACGCGCCCUCGGGUGGAGUGGGCGGGGCCGGCGGAACCUCCGGAAGCGGGUCCAAUGAGAAAACCAGGAAGCUCGACAAGAAGAUCAUCCGCCUGUCGGAGUGCAUUUCCAUCCUGCCGGCUGUGACGGAGAGCUGUCCCAAAGAAAACAUGGCAGCUUUCUGUGUGGAGACCAACGACAAGACGCACGUGUUCGCCGCGGAGAAGAACGUCGCCAAAGACUGGAUGGAUACCAUGUGUGACAUCGCAUUCCAGCAGGGAGGAGGCGGCAACAGCACCGCUGCAGACUCCAAUGGAGGAGCCCAGGACCUGCAGAUGGCUGAAAACCUCAUCUACUACUCCAGAGAGGAGGUGAACGAGUUCUGGGUGAGCAUUCAGCGAACUGAGGCGUCGGAGCGCUGCGGGCUGGCCGGCAGCUACUGGCUGAAAGCUGAAAACGACACCUUAAUCUUGAAGGAGCCAAAGACCAAGAGGAACGUUCUGGUGUGGCCCUACAAGCUGCUGAGGAGAUAUGGGCGAGACCGGGUGAUGUUCUCGUUCGAGGCAGGCCGGCGCUGCGACUCGGGCCCCGGUAACUUCACCUUUGAGACCAAGCAAGGCAACGAGAUCUUCUCGCUGGUGGACCAGGCCAUCCAGUCACAGAAGGUGCUGGUCGAGGAGCGCCACCUCAGCUGCCCUGUUAACUUUGACCCAGAAUGCCCUGCGUCGCUGCAGCACAUACGCAACGCCGUUCCCGGCGGCGUGACGGCAGCAAGCGGAGACAGCAGCGGCAGCAGCUGCAGCAGCCGGGAGGCAGACGGAGAUUCAGGCGGCAGCAAACCGGGCUCUGCCGAUGGUGUGCUCGGGAAGAGGGAGGGUGGAGAGGGAGGAGGAGGAGGAAGGGGGCAAGGCACUGCCGGAGGACUCAAGGGGAGGAGUUUACCAGAACCACCAGCCAUGCUGGGGGGUUUGGGAUGUGGGGUGGGGCCUCCAAAGACUCCUAGGGGACACACAGCAGCAAAAGCUCUUUCCUCAGCUGAUGAACAGGCAAGUCUUUAUUCUGAGCCAGCAGAUUUGGUCCGCCUGCCUCUGCAAGGCAUCGACUGCCUGUACUCCGACCCGGUGGACAGCAUUAAAAGUCAAAGUCAAACCAGCAACCCAUCCAUCGUUCCAGUGCCCACCCCACGCCUCCGACCAGUAGGAGACGAGGCCUCGGCGGGUGGCAUCCAAGGGGAUCACCACCUCGUGGGCAGCAACCACAGGAAGCCACCGGACUUGUACUCGCACGUCUACGACCGGAUCAGCCUGGAGCUGAGCCAGAAAACGAGCGCGCUGGGUCUGAACGGGGCAGCGGGGGGAGGAAGAGGCGUGAACAGUAACAGGCGACCCCCAGGAGGUCAAGCAGAGGGGGCUUCCUCGCCUCCUGCUCCGCGUCCGGAGCACAUCUACGAUGAACCCGAGGGUUGCGCCAAAGGAGGCGCGAGGAUGUCCGCUAUUUCAGGGAUGAGUAUUUAUGACGAGGCGCGCUUGGAGCCCUACAGCCAGAGGAGACAGGAAGACCUAUCAGGGUUGGAGGGAAAUUACAGCAGCCCCUCCCUCAGACAGUCGCCUCCGCAGCUGGGCCCAAGCCGCGGCACGCCGCAGCCUCCGGCUCCGAGGUGGCCCAAACCUGUCACCGCCCCCAAACCGGGCCGGGUCGCUUUUGGCCGAAAAGAGCCGGUGCCCCUGCCCCCCGGGAAACAUGGAGGUCCUGGCAGUAAUGUGAACAACAACAACAACAACAUUUGGGGUGGAGGAGACGAGGGGAGGGAGCUGUAUAGCAGAGUGUCGAAGCAGAAACCUCCAUCUGCUAAUUCGUGGUACAACCAGCACCACCAGGCACCGCUGAGAUCACCUGAUAUCAUCUAUGACAACUUGGGAGAUGUUUGACAUCCUUCUUUUUUUUACAGAGACUAAAAAUGAAAUGUUUAUCCCCUUCGUGAGAAGAGGAGACUUGCUCCAUGCCUUUAAUCUUGCAGUUUUUUGUAGGGACUAAGCACAUUUCUUCCUCUGUGGACUGGCAUAGUUGCACUGAUUCAUUCGGAGUAGCUACACUCCGAACUAUGAGAACACCACAUAACGGCUGCAUUUUGAAACAUGGAGUGCAACUACUGUAGGGCCACCCUCUGUGUGUGUGUGUGUGAGUAUGUGUGUGUGUUUGUUUGAGAAAGAGCGAGUGUUUGCAUGGUCAAACCCAUAACUUGAGUACCAAGCCACUGUGUGGUUGGAACAAACCACUUCACUUGAACACACACACACACAGAAAGCAUUUGAGUUUGCCAAAAGGAGCCCGGCCUACAGGCUUCACUCCAGCAAGUUGAGAGAGCGGCUUGGCUCUGCUUUUUCAAAAUGUCUGUUGUGCUGAUGGAGUAACUGGGAAACAUGUUUUUGCACUUCUUAGGUUUGGAGCUUUGAGGCUAGGACUUCGCCAAAAAGAGCUGGUUUUUUUCUGUUUGUGUUUUCUGGACUCAUGUAUCAUCCUGGAUCCCAAUAAAUCAGGGAGACUUCCAACAAAAUCAACCCAGGACACUAGUAUGCGACGAAGUUGCAUCUUAGGAUCCUCAUCAAUGUAAAAACAUUGUUGCUACUGUUCUGGAGGAAGCAUACAAAGUGGAUCUUGAAACCAGACCUAAAUGAAUCAUAAAGAGGUGAUGGGGUCACAUGGUCCUCAUGCUUUGAGUUACAGAGGAGACUUCCCACACAAGAUAUCAUAGAAUCCCUUACGUUUCUAUGUACAGACUAAAUAUGAAACUAAUCAAUCCCCUGCAAUGUGUCAGUAUGUGAAUGAAUGUGUCAGAAUCAGCUGUGCUGUCUGUAAAUAUAAGUAUGAAUAAAAACGGUUCCAAAAACAUAAAAA